AUGUGACCAGCUCGAGACUGCGCAUCAGGUGAGAGUAGCCUGCGGGUUCCUGUUUACCUGGCGCAGAGCGCUUCGGCCAGCCUGCCCUUCCCGCCCGACCCGCUGGCCCAUCGGCCCCCAAGCGCCCCUCCGACGGAGUCUCCAGGCCUUUUCACGGUGGCCGCUCCAGCCCCGGGAGCGCCUUCUCCUCCCGCCACUCUGGCGCACCUUCUUCCCGCUCCGGCCAUGUACAGCCUGCUGGAGACUGAACUCAAGAACCCGGUGGGGCCACCCACUCCAGCGGCAGGCGCGGGCGGCCCCACAGCCCCAGGCGGCGCAGGCAAGAGUAGCGCGAACGCAGCCAGCGGCGCGAACGCAGGCGGCGGCAGCGGCGGUGGUGCGAGCGGCGGUGGAGGGGGCAGCGAUCAGGACCGCGUGAAGCGGCCCAUGAAUGCUUUCAUGGUGUGGUCCCGCGGGCAGCGGCGCAAGAUGGCCCUGGAGAACCCCAAGAUGCACAAUUCUGAGAUCAGCAAGCGCUUGGGCGCCGACUGGAAACUGCUGACCGACGCCGAGAAGCGACCGUUCAUCGACGAGGCCAAACGACUGCGCGCCGUGCACAUGAAAGAAUACCCGGACUACAAGUACCGGCCGCGCCGCAAGACCAAGACGCUGCUCAAGAAGGACAAGUACUCCCUGCCCGGCGGCCUGUUGCCCCCCGGCGCCGCCGCCGCCGCCGCCGCUGCCGCCGCCGCCGCCGCCGCCAGCAGUCCGGUGGGCGUGGGCCAGCGCCUGGACACGUACACACACGUGAACGGCUGGGCCAACGGUGCGUACUCGCUGGUACAGGAGCAACUGGGCUACGCGCAGCCCGCCACCAUGAGCAGCCCGCCGCCGCCCGCGCUGCCUCAGAUGCACCGCUACGACAUGGCCGGCUUGCAGUACAGCCCCAUGAUGCCGCCCGGCGCCCAGAGCUACAUGAACGCCGCCGCCGCGGCCGCCGCCGCCUCGGGCUACGGGGGCAUGGCGCCCUCAGCUGCUGCUGCCGCCGCCGCCUACGGGCAACAGCCCGCCACCGCCGCUGCCGCCGCCGCCGCCGCCAUGAGCCUGGGCCCCAUGGGCACGGUGGUGAAGACCGAGCCCAGCUCGCCGCCGCCCGCCAUCACAUCGCACUCGCAGCGCGCGUGCCUUGGCGACCUGCGCGACAUGAUCAGCAUGUACCUGCCACCCGGCGGGGACGCGGCUGACGCCGCCUCGCCGCUGCCUGGCGGCCGCCUGCACACCGUACACCAGCACUACCAGGGCGCUGGGACUGCUGUCAACGGAACGGUGCCGCUGACCCACAUCUGA